AAAGUGACGAGAUUAGUUUGUUCUUCAUUCAAGUUGUUGUCUAUUUUCCUCACAAUUACGAAUCCUUAUUGCAGAUCGAAAUACAUGAUCAUGUGUGAGUAUGUCACUCAUUGUUCUCUUUCCUUGAAGUAGAAUUGCUUUGCAGCUCAUUUUGUGAUUGAUUUGUUGAAAUUCUAGGAAUGAGAUGAUACUGUACUCAAAGGAAGUGAUGAAAUUAGGCAUUUCUUUGUUUGAGUUGUUGUCCGAGGCUCUGGGGUUAGACUCAAACCACCUAAAUGAUAUAGAGUGUGCUGAGGGACUUGCAUUUAUAAGCCAUUACUAUCCACCCUGUCCUGAGCCGGAGCUAACCAUGGGAAUUAGCAAUCACUCUGAUAAUGACUUCCUCACUGUGCUUCUACAAGACCACAUUGGAGGCCUCCAAGUCUUGCAUGACAAUCAGUGGUACGAUGUUCCACCGGUUCCCGGAGCUUUAGUGGUCAACAUUGGAGAUCUUCUGCAGCUUAUAUCGAACGACAAGUUUAAAAGCGUAGAACACAGAGUGCUGGCGAACCAUGUAGGACCAAGAAUAUCAGUGGCAUGCUUUUUCAGCACCAGUUUUCAGCCAUCUUCAAGACUGUACGGACCAAUUAAGGAGCUAUUGUCAGAAGACAAUCCUCCAAUCUACAGAGAAACGACAGUUCAUGAAUAUGUUUCGUACCUUGCAACACACGGCAUCGAUAGUCCCCUACAACGUUUUAGGCUGUGAGCUUUGGCUCAUGUUUCAUGCCAUUGAUCCAAAUUAUCCCUUACAGCACUUAAUUAGCUCCAAUUAUUUGACUGUAAUUUGGAGGAACAUCAGUUUUGCUUCAUGUUUGGAAAUUCAAGCAGCCUAGUUUGGAACAGAAUAAUGCAAUACGUAUUUUGAUUGGGGGAAAACACUAGUA